GCAGCAACAGUGCGAUGGAUGCGACACGCUUUGGCUUUAUAAGGUGAAGCCCGAAACUGGAGCAGCUCAGUUCGCUGUUGGCUGGCGUCGCUUAAGGUAGUAGCUCAAUUCAACAUUCCAACAUUCAACUUUCAACCAGCGGAUCCAGAGGAAGUCCAGAGUCGGCAGAGUCUCCCAGAAGUCAAACCAAACCAAACACCCAUCCAAUCCAAUCCUCCUAGACCAAACCCAAGAACCAACCGACGGCAGUGUGAAAGUGAGUGCGCGAGUGCCAAAUGAAAUGAAAUGAAACGAAACGAAUAAGCCAAGCUAAGCAAACUCGACCCAACUAAAACAAAUUGGAUUGAAUUAAAUUGAGAGAGGUGGAGCAGCAAUUAAAAGCAAAUUGCUUGCAGCCAAAGGACGAAGGAUAAAACGGGGGCAAAACGACGGGAUCCGCCCGUUUAUGUCACGCUGCAUUUGCACAUAAUUGCAAACUGUUGCGCGGCCUGCAGUUUCGCUUUUUAUUGCCAGGCUAUAAAAUAAAAAUCCAUUUGCCCGAAACCAUUUUGCCCACUAAAAACCCCCGACAACUGUUGCACAUAGGACACCAUACCAUAUAGGACUUAGGAACACAGAAUACCGAACACCACACUGCACUUGGGGGGCCACAGGACAUAACCAUUUCUUUUACGAUCUCAGCCUUGGUCAUGCCCCAUUAAAUAUGCUUUUGGUUGUUUUGUUCAAGUUGAAACGGAGAGCGAAAAACGAAAACCGAAAUACGAAAUACGAAAAGUGCACAACCGACAAAUUAUGCUAAAAUAAAUAUUACAAAAAGCAGACUAAAAAACGAAAAAUAAAAAAUCCCAAAAGGAGGAGCAACUUCCAGUCGAAAUUUGCAUCAGAAAUUCCGAGUUCUGGUCAAGAACGAGCAGCGUGUCAAUUUAUGCAGCCAUAAAAGUUAAAGGGGAACUCGAGAGCACCAGAAAAAAUAUAAAACAGGAAAAGGAGUCUCCCCAUUCUGCAGUCGCAGCAUUAGAGGACGUGCCCGGACUGCCAACAUGAUGUAGUAGACGCGGAGUCCCCAGCAAGGACAACUCAACGAGACAGUAGCACACGCUGUUGCUCUGAUGAUGCCCCAUUUCUAUUGCCAUCGACUUGUUUGCGUCUGCGAGCCUUGAAAAGAAAACGACGAAGGAGCGCGAGUCUGGACCAAUUUAUAAUCGUGAAUUGGGGAGAAACAUAACGAAUUGGGUAGGCAAAUCCCGGGCGCAAGUUUUCCAAGUGAUUAAUUUCACAAAAAGACGACAAGCGAAGCAACUCGAGCCAAUUACACCAGCCAGCCAGAUAGGAAAGCCAGAUGCCGCCAUGAGUUUCCUCAGCUCCAUGCAGCAAUAUGUAACAAGUGGCAUCUCGAGUCUGGGCCUUGGCAACCGUCGCUUCUCGCUUUCGCGUCAGGAGUCGAGUGAGCAGCAGUCGGGGAUCGGAGGCGCCACACCUGGCGGCCUCGUUUCCGGCCAGCAGCAGCAGCAGCAGGCGUCGUUUCCGCAGCAGCAACUGCAACAGCAGCAGCAGCAGCAGUCACUUCCGCAGCAGCAGCAACAGUUGCUGUUGCAGCAGCAGCAACAACAGCAGCAGCAGCAACAUGGCCACGCCCCCCUGCAGCAACAGGCGAGCAUUGGCAGCGGACUGGGCGUCUACGGCACCCCCGCCCCGCCCACCGGGGUCGUGGCAGCGUCGGGGGGCGGCAGUAAUUACCCCUCCGGAGGCGUGGUAAUCGGCAAUCCAAAUGCCACCAAUCCAUUACUGGGCUACCCGAAAAUACCAGGUGGGGCUGCGGGACCCGGCAGUCCCUCGACAUCCGCCUCCGGAGGGGGCGGCGGAACUCCCCAGUCGCGUCGCCAGUCGCGGGCCCUGGAAUGCCUGGCCCCGCCCCGCACCGGAUCCUUCAGGCAGCGCAACUCGCCGCUCCACCAGCCGGAUCCGCCGCCCCGUCCGCCGUUGGCCUUCUGCAAACGCCGGCUGAGCUGGCCCGAAGUGGAUCCGCGCUCCAAUUCCGGAGUUCAGGAAACGGACGGCUCGUACUUUGAGAACUUUACAUCGCUCGGCUGGAAACGUGAAAAUCGUCGCAUGUCGGCCACGCGUGCCGCCGAAGCACGUGCCGAGGCUAAUCCGGAGAACGAACGUGAUCCGCCGGCGAGCGAGGAGUCCAUUGACCGCCAGGACGAGAAGGAGAAGCUGUACGCGGAGGUCCUGCAUACCAUUGCCAACACGGUGGGCGCCCCGGCUCCAGGUGGACAGUUUGCACAUUACAAGGACGAAAUGUAUCUGCACGCACAGCGCGCCUUCGGUGUCAAUCCGGAUCGUCAUUAUCGACUGCUGCACGCCUCCGCCGAGGAUAAACCAAAGAUAAUCGUACUCUCUGCGGUGGUAAUCGAGGCUGAUGGCCUCGAGGCAAAGGAUGCCAAUGGUUUCUCGGAUCCGUAUUGCAUGCUGGGCAUCCAGCCGGACGAAAACGGCGGUCCGCCCGUGUCGCCGCUGCCGCUGCCGCCGACGCCGCGCGCCCUCUCGGCGGACAUGAGCGGCGGCUUUGAUAACAGCGCCACGGACUCACCGCCGCACCGCAAGCACAGCUUCCGGCUGAGCUUCAAGCGGCGGGAGGCGGGACGGCGGGAGCAGCGCGACUCACUGGGCGGACCGGUGCCGGCCAAGCUCAUCAAGGCGACCAGCAUCAAGCCCCACACGCUGACCCCCAAGUGGAACGAGAAGUUCAAAUUCGACAUAGAUGACAUCAAUACGGACACCUUCCACCUGGACAUUUGGGACCACGAUGACGAAAGCUGCGUCAUGGACGCCGUUUCGCGACUGAACGAGGUCCGUGGGGUUCGCGGACUGGGGCGCUUCUUCAAGCAGGUGUGUCAAUCGGCUCGCCAGGGCUCCCAGGACGAUUUCCUGGGAUCCGUGAACAUUCCGCUAUCCGAUAUCCCAUCCACCGGUCUGGAUGCUUGGUUCAAACUGGAGGCACGCAGUCAUCGGAGCACCGUUCAGGGUCGAAUCCGGCUCAAGAUGUGGCUCUCGACCCGCGAGGAUCGGAACACUGUUGCCGAAGAGAACCACGAGCAGCAAAUCCACAAGGUCGAGCAGCUCCAGAGGGUCUUCAUGCAGCACGAGGUGACCACGCACGAACCCUCAUGGACCUGGUGUGGUGACCUCCCGGGUCCGGCUCUGACCAUUCUGCAUCAGUUGGCCGUGCAGGGGGAUCUCUCGGACUUGCACUGCGCCAUGGCCAGAUAUGUGGCUGCUGCCAAAUUGAAUCGCUCCACCCCGCUGGACCCCAAAUUCCUCCAUCGGCUGCUCAGCGACGUGGAGAAGCAGUGGAAUCAGCCCAACCAAGAGGCUCUCAGUCGAGAUCUCGAGCAGUGGCUGGCGGAUGCCAUGAAUGGCUUCGUGGAGCGCUCCCUCAAUCAGAUCCGUCGACACCGGGACAUCUUCCCCGCCCUCAAUCCGCCCUCGCUGAUUCGCCUGGAAUUCCUGCUGCGCUGCCUGGGACUCCUGGGCUCGAUGAGAGCCUUCCGGGCCGUGUGUCCCUUCAACAAGGGCGUCAGGGGCGAGGUGGUCAACGCCCUGCGCAAGGGAUCCGUGAUGUGGGGCCAAACGGUGAUGCGGGAGUCGCAGGGACUGCCCAAUCCAUUAUCGAAUUUCGUAACAACAUUAACGGCCGACAUUCAGCUGGGACAGACGUACUAUCAUGCCCUUUUCGACAACACGAAUGGCAUACAGUACUUCAGCAUCAUCUACAAACAAUACGAUGCGAUGGUGGGCGAGGAGGUGUACAGCCGGAUGGCCGCUGGCCAGGUGCCCGGGGUGCGGAUGAACCUCUCCCAGUACGCCGUGCUCGAGGGCGAUGCGGAGCCGGUGGACACGAAGCCGUUCGAGCUUUUCCUGGCGCUGCAGGAGUUCUGCCAGCUGAAGCGACACCUGUCCGCCCAGCCGCAGCCGCCGGAGAAGCCGCUGGCGCUGAGCAACAGCCACGAGUGGUUCAUUCCGACGCUGGAGCGCUGGAUGAUGGUGAGCAAGGCGAAGGCGCUGCAGAGGAUCAGGGCGGCCAUUCGCAUGGACGCCAUCUGCGAGGGCGAGCGCAUUGUGCGCUACAGCAGCUCCUCGGUGGACACGGCCAGCACGCUGCUGAACAUCAAGGAGUUCUGGAAGGUGAUGAACUGGCCGGACGAGGAUACGGCCAUCAUGAUGGAGUCGCAGCUCAUCGAUGUCGUCUGCUCGGCGGCCAUGCACUAUUGCGAUUUGAUUCACACGGCUCUGGCGGAAGGUGGUUACUACGAGCAGCAGGGUCCCUUUCGGUGCUCCGAUGAUAUGUGCGUCACGGUGAACAAUGUGGAGUAUGUGCGUCGCACUCUGGCGGAGUUUCGAUCGGAUGAGCAGCCGCUGGAGGAGUCGGCCGACAACCUGCUGGAGUCCAGUCUCACCCACAUGGAGAACCGCUGCGAGCGGAUCCUCUCCAAGCUGGCUCCGCUCAUGCAGAUGUCCCUGCAGAAGGCCAUGUUCCAUCUGGCCUGGUCACCCGACUCCCUGCCCGCCAAUCAGGCGAUUGUCCCGCUGCUGGAGUACCUGGACUGCCACCUGGCCGCCCUGAACAGCGCCCUGCUGACCAAGAACUUCAAUCGAUCGCUGCGCUUCAUUUGGAAAACGGUGCUGGGCGAAAUGUCGCGCCAGAUGGAAACCGGCGAUGAGACGGACAAGCCGACGCAUUUCCACAAGCGUCUGUACGAGGCCCUCCAGCUGCUCAUCGACUUCUUUCACGCCGAGGGACAGGGACUGCUGCUGGAGUGCCUGCACACCGAGGACUUCUGGCGCAUCGAGCAGCGGCUGCAGUUCCACAAAACGGACACGGAUCGCCUCAUCGAUAUGUUCUACAUGCAAAGGCUAAGGGAGCAGCUAAUGGCCGUCAUGCCUUCGCCCUACGGAUCGCUGGCCGUAAGGGCGUACUUCAACCACGAUUCGCUGUGCGUGGAGGUCCUGCAUGCCAGGGAUGUGGUGCCCCUGGAUCCGAACGGAUUCAGCGAUCCCUUCGUGGUCAUUGAACUCCUGCCCCGCAGGAUUUUCCUUCACUGCAUGGAACAGCAGACCAAUGUGCACAAGCGCACUCUGAACCCCGUUUUCGACGAAUGCUUCGAGUUCUCGGUGACCCUGGAGCAGUGUUUAACCGAGGGUGCCAUGAUCUGCUUCACGGUGAUGGACCACGAUGUUCUGACGGCCAAUGACUUUGGUGGCGAAGCCUACUUGGCCCUGGGCAACAUUCCCGGAGUGGCCGACUACAGCACGAGUGUGGACAACUUCCAUGGGCUGAAGCAAAUCGAACUGCCACUCAUGGAGCAGAAGGAUAAAUGCAAUCCCAUUUUGCAAAUCCUCGAGGUGCGAAUCAACGACAAACAGGCGCAGGACUUUGUGCGCAAGCAAAAGGCGCGAUUUAUCAAUUGAUUUUAAAGAGGAUAGAAAGAAAGGAAACAGGACUACCGAACGAACCGUUUGUAAAACGCUUUGAAACCACGACGAAAUUGCGGAUCGAGCAAUGUAAUUGCAUCGAUGGCGACGAUGAUAACUUAACCAAAGCUAAAUUGUAUCCAAUCCAGCAUUGUAUGUAUUGUACUUAAUCUAGUUGUUUGACAAAGACUCCUCCUUCUCUUCAGUUUGUAAAUGUUAGCGAAGAAUCGAAAUUCAAAUGGUGCAAAAGUGACGAGUAACACUAAUGUGGAAACCCCGGGUUCCCUGCUCUCUACACUAAACGUUGCUUGAACAAAAUUACGGAUAAAUUAAAAACUAAAAACAAAACACAAAUUAGGGACUUAUUAGAAGCCUAGCAUUGCUGAAAUUGUCACAAUUGGGCAAUCAAUGAAAAGUAAUUAGCCAACAAAAUCACAAAUAUACGAACACACAAAACUCGAGCUACCUACUCCAGCACCCAGAUGCGUUUUGAAGACUUUUACCAGAAACAGAAACACGAUUAAGAUAUGUAAGUAAGGAUUAUCGUCCUUGAAAAAGCGCAAAUAUCACAUAUACACAGAACAUUUUUUGGGUCAAUUUAAACUAUACGAAUAUAUCAGCAACAUGUAUACCUAAAUAAAUAUACCAAGGACAAUUCAGCAUCUUUUCUACCAUACGCCAGGAAACAAUCAAAAUCUGCGUAACUCUGAGCUUCUUGAGAAACCCCCCAAACAAAUACCAAAAAACACGGAACAUAAUCACACCCAGACAUACAGGACAAAAAGCUAUUUACAAUACAAAUAAUUAUGAGAUAUAUGUACAUGAUUUGUACAUUUUAUAUCACGCCCAAAGGACAGUGUAACUAAGUCUAAAGUAUAUUUGUAAACUAUUUUCUGAGCACAGAUUUUGUAUAAAUUUAUUAGACACGCGCUUGUCCCCCGAGAGGCAGCCUUCAGCUCUUUUGCUUAUACACAACUUAGGGCUUUUCCCCGUUUUACCCCCUUAACCCUCUCAGAAACCCCCUAAACACCACCAACUUUUACCAAACACUCUUCCCCAAUUGGUUUUUCCACCCAGAAGGUCUCGCUUCUAUUGUAAAUUUUGUACUAUAUACAACGGUCUCGAUAAUGAAGGAACCUAAACCUAUACACGCGGUUAGCUGUGUAUAUUAUGAAUAAUGAAAGAAUUGUUGAAACUGUAACUCUUAACUGUAAACUGUAGCAAGAACUUUUUAUACCUUUCGCAAAGGAGGCAGUAGGCGUGGCUGAGGACAAUUUUAGAGAAGAAAACUAAAGUUAAAAAACACUCAAAGAUGCACAACAAAGAUGAAAAUCCAAGUCAAAUUACAACUAUUUUUAAUAUUUACACUUAACUCAAGCGAUCUGCAAGAAAUUUCAUGAUUGUUAAUUACAAAUGGAUGGAGUAUUAUGCAAAAAAAAAUUAUGAAUAUAUAGAUAAAUGGAUAAAUAAUUAAUCGGUAAUCAAGUAUUUAGUUUGUAAGAGAAUUGUUUGGUUUGGAAUACUUGCACAGCCUUUCAGAUCUAUCCUUUUACUUGUCAUAAGUUCGGUUUUUCUUCAACUUCGUUAGUCUGCCAUCGCCAAGACAUCGACAGUGAUCGGGGAAAUUGCGAUCCCCAGAGACAAACAUCGAAGUAGAGUCAACGCUGUACGAUCACUAAUUCAAAUGCUCUAUGUGCUGUGUUUUACCAAAGCUCCUCCUUCACUCAGUAUCUUCCAAAGGGCACUCGUUACUUUGAAACUCCCCACUCUUCGAACUGCUAUCUUCCAGAAUUUUUGUGCAGCAAAACCAGUAAAGAGAUAAAUAGUUAAAUGGAUAAACAUAAAUAUAGGCAAGAGUUUGCUGUACUAACCAACCAUAACUACUGUGUU